ACUAGUGAUCCAGUGAUGGCGACCUCCUGUUCCUCACAUGUCUUGCUUUUACUUUCUUUAAAUUGUUGACUUUUCCCAAAGAGUUAAGAGAUUGUGGUAUUUUGAUUGGCAUUCACGGGAGAAACGGCAAACAAUUUUGUUCUGCAAUUCAGGAGACAAACAGCAUUGCAUAAACUACACGGCACAUUGAGGAGUGAAACGUGUCUCAAUGAUAGCUAUUUGACAUAGCUAACGUAAACAUGAAACCCAAAGGAAGGCCAGGUAAGAGGAAGGGAGGUAAGUUUAAAUCAGACGACAUGCUUCAACGAUUUAAAACAUCGGUUCAAGGUUAUGUUGAGCGGAAAGCUGGUGGUGCUGAAACAGCCGAGCAGGAUCCAAGGUUUAACUUUGUCGCGAAGAAAAGCCGAAAGGAGAUGCGUAAAGAGAAACGCAAAAUGAAAAAGGCAAAAAUGAGAGACCAUCACAUGAAGCAUGCCGUUUCCACAGCUGUCACUGAAGUACAGCAAGUACAAAACAGUUCCCUGCCAGCAGGGAAGAAGCAAGGCAAGGGCCUGACAGGUGAAACCAAAAAAGCAACUGCAGACAACACGACCUCCCCCAAAGAGGAGAAAAAGAAGGCAAAAGAAAAGAAGGAGAACGCACACGUGGACUCAAAGGUCUUAAUGGCUCAGGAGAGACAACAGUAUCAGUUGCCGCUCAAUAAAAAGAAUAAGCAGUCUUUAAUCGACGCCAACGUCGACGAAGACAAAGAAAUCAAGAGACUGGAGAAACUUCUGGGGCUCAAUAAAAGGAGAAACAAACAGACUCUUCCUCAGUCUUUUGCUGCAGAGGGACUCGACUACAUUUUAGGCGUUUUGGAUGCAGGAGCUGCGGGUAUGGACGAUAGUGAUGAUGAAGAAACUGCUGACAAAGCGAAAGAUAAGUUGAAAAAACUGGAGAACAGUGAAUCAGACAUGUCGGAGGAGGAUGAUGAUGAUGAUGAUGAUGAUGGACUAGACGAUAUCCUUGAGGGGGAUAGUGAAGAAGAUGAUGAGGAGGAGGAAGAAGAGGAGCAGGAUGAGGAGGAGGGAGAUGAGGAAGAGGAGGGUGGGGUAGACAUAAUGGAUUACAUUGAAGAGGAGGAUGAGGAAGAGGAGAGUCGGGUAGACAUAAUGGAUACCAUUGUAGAGGAGGAUGAGGAAGAGGAGGAGGAGGAUAAGGACAAGGAAGGUGAUGCGAUGGAGGAAGAUGCUGCCGAUGAGUCUGUGGAGGAAGGCACCAGAGACCACCCCAGUGCAGAGGACCAGAGCACAUCUGAUGAACACAACAAAACAGCCAGUUUGCCAUCGGGGAAGUACAUCCCCCCUCAACUACGAGGAGCAAUGGACAGCAAGCGCAAAGCUGAGUUGGAGAAACUGAAGAAGAGUGUGAAAGGACUGGUGAACAGGCUGAGCGAGGCCAACCUGCCGUCCAUCAGUGGCCAGCUGGAGGAGCUGUACAUGACCAGCAGCAGGAAGGACAUGAGUGACACCCUGACGGACAUCCUGCUGGCAGCCUGUGUCACCCCCGCCCUCAUGCCCGACAGGCUUCUGAUGGAGCAUAUUCUCCUGGUCAGUGUGCUGCAUUACACUGUGGGCCUGGAGGUAGGGGCCCAGUUUCUGGAGACGGUGGUGCGCAAGUUUGACGAACUGUACCGUCAGCAGCCGCGGGAGGGUAAGGAGUGUGAUAACCUGGUCGCCAUGGUGGCCCACCUCUACAACUUCCAGGUGGUGCACUCUCUCCUCAUCUUCGACAUCCUCAAGAGGCUGCUGGGAGCCUUCUCGGAGAAGGACAUCGAGCUGGCGCUGUUCCUGCUGAAGACGGUGGGAUUCGCCCUGAGGAAGGACGAUCCCCUGGCCCUCAAGGAGCUCAUCACAGAGGCCCAGCGCAAGGCCAGCGACGCCGGGGCCAAGUUCAAAGAUCAGACCCGGGUGCGCUUCAUGCUGGAGACUAUGAUGGCCCUGAAGAACAAUGACAUGCGGAAGAUUCCGGGCUAUGACCCAGAACCCGUGGAGAAACUCAGGAAACUGCAAAGGACUCUGAUCCAUCGCACGGCUUCAGGCAGUGACGUGAAGCUGCGGGUGUCCCUGGAGAAUCUUCUGGAAGCAGAGCAGGUGGGCCGCUGGUGGAUAGUGGGCUCCUCCUGGAGCGGCGCCCCCAUGAUUGGAGACAGUAGCAGCAAGGCCACACCACAGACCUCCACCUCAGCUGGACAGUUCAGUGCUAAGGUGCUGGAUCUUGCAAGGAAACAGAGGAUGAACACAGACAUCAGGAGGAACAUCUUCUGUGUCAUUAUGACCAGUGAAGACUACCUGGAUGCCUUUGAGAAACUACUGAGGCUGGGCUUGAAAGACCAGCAGGAGCGGGAGAUUGUCCAUGUCCUCGUCGACUGCUGUCUUCAGGAGAAGGCCUUCAACGCCUUCUACGCCGUCCUGGCAGACAAGUUCUGCUCUCACGAUCGACGCUUUCAGAUGACGUUCCAGUUCACGCUGUGGGAUAAGUUCAAGGAGCUGGCUAACCUCUCCAACAGCACCUUUAGCAACCUGGUGCAGCUGGUCUCUCGCCUGCUGCAGAAGAAGAGCCUCUCCAUCGCCAUUCUCAAGGCCAUUGAGUUUGGGGAACUGGACAAGCCCAAAGUGAAGUUCCUACGCCAGGUUCUCACUAAACUCCUAAAGGAAACCGAACCAGAGGACCUGAUCAACAUAUUUGGAAGGAUCUCCGGCGUUCCCAAGCUUGGAAUGCUUCGUGAAGGUUUGAAGCUGUUCAUCAGCCACUUCCUGCUGAAGAACGCCCAGUCUUUGGAGAACGCCGAGCAGGCCAAGCUGCUGACCGAGAGGGCAGAGGUCGCCACCAAGGCCAUGGAGGCCAGAGAGGCCAAACUCAAACUGUAAAACGUGUCACGUGACACACACACACACACACACACACUGUAAAACAUGACACACACACACCCGGAGAGGCCAAAUUCAAACUGUAAAAUGUGUCACACACAUGCUCACAUUCACACUCAAUGGACCUACAGAUGGACAAUUCAGACGGAGGCAUUCAAUGGACCUUCAGACAGACAGAGGCACUCAAGACACUCACUGGACCUAGAAAAACAAAGAAAGAAUGAGUCUCUGUUUCGUCUGUCUGCUAUACACAGAGGGCACGCGAACAAAGAGGACUGCUUGUCUUAAGGACUUCUCCAGGUAGUCCAUUCAGCUGCUCUUGUCCCUUGAAGUUUAAAAUGGAAGAAAUGAACAACAACGCCCAGAAUUUGAUGUGGUUUUACAGUGGCAUUCAUAGUAAAAUCAUAUCCUGUCGCAUUAUGUAAUGUGGAAGACAUUUUUCCUUUGUUUUAUAAGGAAUAUAACAAUUUCGCAGUCUAAAUAUGGACAAUGAUACCUGUCAGAUAUUGUAUGGUUUUCUAAAAGUGUGUUUUAAACCUCGGAUUGUUAUAAAACAGAAGAACUAAAUACUAUUUUUAAGGCUUUUUAAUUACAUGGAUUGCUGUGAAUGAUUGUGGUUCUGUGUCUGAAAGAAAGUUGACGAUCGUGUCCGAUAGAUCUGUUAUGUUGCAAACAGGAGUAUCUGUUUAAAGACCUCUACUUUGAUUAAAGUGUGAAAGUAUGUCUUUGCAAAGGGCAGCACAUAAUA